AUGGGAAGGGCCAAGCGUGACGGGCACCCCCCCAGGCCCUGGGCAUGGUGCGUCCUUUGUUCUGCAGUCUUGGCGGCCUCGCCAGCGUCUCGUCCGCUCUCCAUUGAGCAGAAGCUUCUGCUGAUCGCGUGGCCAGCAAGCUGCGCGUGGCAGCUCUGUGACCGGGCAGGCGACCAAGAGAAAGUGGUCAAAACACCAUGGCCUGCAAAGCUGCUUCAGCUCAUGACCGCUUUAAGCGGCCUGAGCUUCUUCGUGAAGCUGACGAAAGAUGCUGCAGUGCAACUGCCAUGGCUGCCAUGUGCAUCGCUUUUGUCCUUGGCUCACAUGACUUUGCCGUCGCUGGAGCUACCGCUGGGCGACUUCAUUCCGUGGUGGUCCUUGCUCGUGCUUGGCAUGAUUGCCACGCUUGGGUCCAGCGACAUGCGGGCAGAGGCCGGGCUUACAUUGGGACGCAUGGAUGGCGCACCCCUGCUUUGGUCUGCAAUUUGCGCAGCAAUCUCCACUGUCGCCCUGGUGGGCUGGUCCAAAAUCUGGGUGCGCGGCAACCACGGUCCCAUACAGGAUGCUUUGGCGCCACUGAUGUCCCCCGCGUCCGUGCUUCCCCUGGCGGUGGUCAAUGCCUUUCGCGAGGAACUUCAAUUCCGAAUGAUGUUUCUGGGAGCGGUGCUGGCAGGCGAUGCCACCGACUCGAAGCUUCUCACGACGAUCUCUGUCGCCUUGCAUUCCACAUUCUUCGCUUUACUGCACUACCUGGGAGGCUUCCCUCGAGGCCUGAGUGGCUUUGUGCUAGUUCUUAUCUGGAGCCUUUUCCUGGACAUCCUACGCAUCUGGAGUGGUGGAAUGGCGCUGGUGUUCUUACUGCAUGUACAAGCAGACGUUACCAUCUUCUUGCUCGUCCUUCUUGAGGACAGGCGACGGCAGCACCUCAACCAGACGGACUGA